CCUUCGCGGGCCCCGACGGCCCCAGCGCCCAACUUUUCCACCCUCCCUCUCCCCUCCCCCGAAACUCCUGCAACAAAGAAAAGUAGUCGGAGAAGGAGCGGCGACGCCCGGUCCCCAGCCCCUCCUGGCCGAGGAAGGCCGAACACAGUGAUGGCCACCCAGGUAAUGGGGCAGUCUUCUGGAGGAGGAGGGCUGUUCACCGGCAGUGGCAACAUCGGCAUGGCCUUGCCUAACGAUAUGUAUGACUUGCAUGACCUCUCCAAAGCUGAAUUGGCUGCUCCUCAGCUCAUCAUGUUGGCAAAUGUGGCCUUAACUGGGGAAGUCAAUGGCAGCUGCUGUGAUUACCUAGUUGGCGAAGAAAGGCAGAUGGCAGAGUUGAUGCCUGUUGGGGAUAACAACUUUUCAGAUAGUGAUGAAGAAGGACUUGAGGAGUCUCCUGAAAUAAAAGGUGAACCCAAUGGCCUGGAAAACAUGGAACUGGAAAGUGUGGAACUCAGUGUUGCAGAACCACAGCCUGUGUUUGAGGUAUCAGCUGCCCCAGAAAUUUACAGCCCAAAUAAAGAGCUUCCUCCUGAGACACCUGGAGCAGAGGACAAAUGCAAGACCUUGAAGACCAAACCCUUUCGUUGUAAGCCAUGCCAAUAUGAAGCAGAAUCUGAAGAACAGUUUGUGCAUCACAUCAGAGUUCAUAGUGCCAAGAAGUUUUUUGUGGAAGAAAGUGCAGAGAAGCAAGCAAAAGCCAGGGAAUCUGGCUCUUCCACUGCUGAAGAGGGAGAUUUCUCCAAAGGCCCCAUUCGCUGUGACCGCUGUGGCUACAAUACCAAUCGAUACGAUCACUAUACUGCUCACUUGAAACACCACACUAGAGCUGGUGACAAUGAGCGAGUCUACAAGUGCAUCAUUUGCACGUAUACCACAGUAAGCGAAUAUCACUGGAGAAAACACUUAAGGAACCAUUUUCCAAGGAAAGUGUACACAUGUGGAAAAUGCAACUAUUUUUCAGACAGAAAAAACAAUUAUGUUCAGCAUGUUCGAACUCAUACAGGAGAGCGCCCAUAUAAGUGUGAACUUUGCCCUUACUCAAGUUCUCAGAAGACUCAUCUAACUAGACAUAUGCGUACUCAUUCAGGUGAGAAGCCAUUUAAAUGUGAUCAGUGCAGUUAUGUGGCCUCCAAUCAACAUGAAGUAACUCGCCAUGCAAGACAGGUUCACAAUGGGCCUAAACCUCUUAACUGCCCACACUGUGACUAUAAAACAGCAGAUAGAAGUAACUUCAAAAAACACGUGGAGCUACAUGUUAAUCCACGGCAAUUCAAUUGUCCUGUAUGCGAUUAUGCAGCUUCCAAGAAGUGUAAUCUGCAGUAUCAUUUCAAAUCUAAGCAUCCCACUUGUCCUAAUAAAACAAUGGAUGUUUCAAAAGUGAAACUAAAGAAAACCAAAAAGCGAGAGGCUGACUUGCCUGAUAACAAUAAUACCAAUGAAAAAACAGAAACAGAGCAGAUAAAAAUAAAGGGAGAUGUAGCUGGAAAGAAAAAUGAGAAGUCUGUAAAAGUGGAGAAAAAAGAUAAUUCUUCAAAAGAGAAAAAGCCUUGUAAUAAUGCUUCAAUCCAGGUGACUACCAGAACUCGGAAAUCAGCGAUGGAAGCUAGAGAGAUGGAUGUGCAUUCAAGAACCAGUUCAGAAAAAAACUGUAAAACCAAGAAAGGCAAAAGGAAGAUGGAAGCUGAAGCCCAUUCCUUACAAGAUCCUGUUAAUGAUGAGGAACCUGUGACAAAAAAGAAAAAGAAGACAGAAAGCAAACCCAAAAAUAGUCAGGAAGUACCAAAGUGUGAGAACAAAGUGGAGGAGAAUAAAAAACAAAAUACUUGUGUGAAAAAAAGUACAAAGAAGAAAACUCUGAAAAAUAAGUCAAGUAGAAAAAGCAGCAAGCCUGCUCAGAAGGAGACUGUUCAGAGGGGGCCUGCUCAGACAGCGCCGCCGCCACCCAUGGAGCCUCCUCAGGUGGGGCCUGUUCAGACAGAGCCGCCUCCUCCCGUACAGCCUGCUCCGAUGGAGGUUGUUCCGAUGGAGGAGCCUCCUGCCACGGAGCCUCCUGCCACGGAGUCUCCUCCUCUUGUGGAGCCUCCUCCUCUUACGGAGCCUCCUCCUCUUACGGAGCCUCCAGUUCCCAAAAAGUCUCCUCGAAAAGAUAAUAAAAAGGAAAAGUCUAACAUGCAGAGUGAAAUGGCAAGGAAGGAGCAAGUCCUUAUUGAAGUUGGCUUGGUGCCUGUUAAAGAGAGCCAACUUCUAAAGGAGAGUGCAAGUGCACAGGAUUUCUUACCACCAUUGCCAAAGGAAAACUUAAAAGAAGAGGAGUCAAAAGACCAAAAAUUACUCACCGAAUGUGAAGGAAGUAAAGAAACCCCUCUUCAAAAAGUAGAAGCAGAAGAGGCAGAUAAGAGUCUAGCUGUUGUCCAGGAAUCUGCCAAUAUUUCAUCCUCAGAACAAAACUUGAAUGUGCUAGAGGGUGAAACUUCAGAUGGUAAACAUCAGACUGACACUAGGCUUUGUGAAACAGAUAUGGAUACAGAUGAGAACAAAACAGAGGAUCUCCCUGGAAAAGACUCAGCAGUUGAAGAAUCAGUUUCACCACUGCUUCUUCCUCUACCAACAGAAAAACAAGAAGCAGUGUCCAAAACUGCUGUCGCAUCACCUCCUGUUACCGGGGCAGUAAAUGAGUCUCAGGAAAUGGAUGAAGAUGAAGGUAUUCAUAGUCAUGAUGGAAGUGACCUAAGUGACAACAUGUCGGAGGGUAGUGAUGAUUCUGGCUUAAAUGGGGCCCGGCCAGUUCCACAAGAAGCUGGUAGGGAAAAGGCAAAGGAAGCCUCGACGGUCAAGGUGCCCGAGGGAGAUUUUGUUUGUAUCUUCUGUGAUCGUUCUUUUAGAAAAGAAAAAGAUUACAGCAAGCACCUCAAUCGCCAUUUGGUUAAUGUAUACUUCCUUGAAAAAGCAGCUAAAGGGCAGGAGUAAUUAAACUUUGGAAAAGGCUUCAAUUCUUAGUUUGUGAGGUCCUAUUACAUUUUAUAUACCUUUAUACUAGUAGACAACCAUUUAAUUUUAAAAUUGCUUUAAUUAGUGUCCAAUGUUGAUUUUUAAGUGUCACUCUUUUUCUUAAUGACUCUCUCUACCUAUUGUAUACAUUUUAGCAAAUCCAAGGAAGUUAGUGUACUAAACCAGCAGACACCUAAAUCUGUUAGCUUACACAUUUAAUUGAAACUAGAAGGCCAAGGUGGCAUAGCAUUUUAUUGCUUUGUCUAGCUAUAACUUGUCAGUUUCCCCCUAAUGUCUGUCUUCCUAUUUC